GAAGGGCAUUCGUCAUGAAGCCGAACCGAAGUUUGACACGUCCCCCAGAUGAUAACAGACGUCAACUCACCGACUUUUGGAAUCUCAUUGGAAAGCAAACGCAGAAGCAGAAGCGAAGGCCCAGCAUCGACGCACAUCGCUUACGAUUAGAUCCCGAUUGCAGAUCCCAAGAUGAAGCCAAGCACGGCUGAGCCAAUGGACAGUGUGGAUAAUAAAACGAGGAUGGAGAGCGGUCGGAACAUUCCCCCAGCGCUGAAGAAGGUCCUGGAGUGGGACGUGGUCAUGACCAAGCGCUUCGUCAGCUUCAUGUUGAACUUUAUCGCGCUGAGGUCGCUUCGGACGCAUUGUAAGAUAUUGGAGUACUCGUGCCAUGGAAUCGCUUGGUUGGCCGGAUGGCUCGCCUUCUGCUGGAUGAUCGACAAACCGGAGUGGUACCAGAUGCAGGUGAAUUUAUUCAUCGGACUUAUCACGGAUAUCGUAAUGGUGGCGGUCAUCAAGGCAGCAACUCGGCGCCGUCGUCCAGCCGUAAAUGACGAUCCGUUCUGCAUCGGGCCGGACAAGUUUAGCUUCCCCUCGGGCCACGUUUCCAGAGCGGUUUACAUCGUCACCUUCCUGACCUGGUUGGACCCGGUGACGUUCGUUUUGUGGCCUCCGAUGUUGGCCUGGUGCGUCUCGAUGUGCCUCUCGCGACUGCUUCUGUACAGACAUCACAUUUUGGACGUUAUCGCCGGGAUCUUCCUGGGAUUGUUCAACGCAUUUCUGAUCUCGCUCAUCUGGUUCGAUCAGGAGAGCUGCGUUUGGGUGAUCUCGUACAUGACGGACGAGAAGCUGUCCGGAGCUGAAUACGGAGUUUAAACGCCAAAGAUUGGACAUGUGUGAAACAUAGAUCAUCACGUAGAAUAUUCAAAGUUUUCGGAUAUUAAAAUAUCAAACAUAAUAAAUUAAAUAACUUUAUUUUGAUUUUAA